AGACGUUGCAUCAAUCGCUGGUGAAGGUCUGUCCAAACCCCUCCAAACUCACCGCACUCUCUAACGGAAAUCUCCUUCCCCCUCCUCUUCUCCUCCGAAGUUCCUACAAACCCUAAAUUCUUUAUGUUCCCACCCUCCUUCCCCUCUUCCCUCUCUACUUUUUCUUCUUCUUUAUAGCUCAAAGUACACUCCUUGCCAUCAAGAAAUCUAGCAGAUAUAUAGUUGCUCAGGUUCUGUGGUUCCUGAAGAGAUCUCCAACCACAUCCUCUUUCUUGUGGCUGUGGAGGAGAGAGCGGCUGUUCGCGGGUUUUCGGAAUAGUGGUUUCGCAAUUAGGGUUUCCGAUCUUGUUCCCGGGCGGUUUCUAGGUUUUUCUUUUUUUUCUUCCUCGCCGUUCCGGUCGUCCGCGGUCCUCUCGUGUGAAGAAGCUUUUUAAGCUCUAAGGUAGAGAGGACUUUUUGUGAUCAGAUGUGCACCAGAGGCCACUGGAGGCCCGCCGAAGAUGAGAAGCUCCGGGACCUGGUGGAACGGUACGGGCCCCAUAACUGGAACGCCAUCGCCGAGAAGCUCCAAGGAAGAUCAGGGAAGAGUUGUAGGUUGAGGUGGUUCAAUCAGCUGGAUCCAAGAAUCAAUCGGAGCCCAUUCACCGAAGAGGAAGAAGAAAGGCUACUGGCUUCCCAUCGCAUCCACGGCAACAGAUGGUCUGUCAUCGCGAGGCUAUUCCCCGGUCGGACCGAUAAUGCGGUCAAGAACCACUGGCACGUGAUCAUGGCGAGGCGGAGUCGAGAGAGGUCGAGGCUCUACGCCAAGAGAGCCGCCCAGACUCUGAUGGAGGAGAGGACGAAGUAUUCUUCGCCGCCGUCAUUGGCUAAUAAACAACAAGACACGCAGAUAAUGAACAUGAUGAUGAACGCUAGUGCCAACGGAAAUUACCAGCUCGCUUCUUCGUUUGUCGACAACUUCUCCGGUUUAGGCCAGCGCACUUUCGCUCAUGCCGGUCUCCUGUCGGCCAAACAGCUCCACUCUGACCAUCAGAUUACUCCCAACCCUCCUGUUCGUGAAGAUAAAAUUCAGCCGACUGAGUUUUAUAAUUUUCUCCAAGUAAAUACUGACUCUAACAAAAGCGAGGUCAUCGACGUGGUCCAUGCAAGAAGAGACGAUGAAGAGGUCGAUCAAGAAGCGGGUGACGACGGUGCAGAUAAUGAAGCCAAGGGUGGUAGUGUUCCGUUCUUCGAUUUCUUAUCGGUUGGAAGCUCUUCAUAGGCCGGGUAUUUUGCGAACCGCAAAUUACCCGUCGACCAAUUAAGAAUGGCUUCGUAGAGCCUCAAUAUUACGUAGAUCACACUGGCCACUUCGAUAUUGAUAGAGAUACGUACUUAUAAUUAUUCAAUGAGAGAUAUAUAUACAGCUCUAGCUCGAAAAAGGCCCUAUGUACUUCGUUAGAAACCAGAACAUAGACUGAGCUACAUGUUAGUGUAAAAGCGCACACACGUUGGAGAAAAAAGCAGGAACUAUGACCAUUCAGCAUAUCCAAAUUAUAGUAUUUUGCAUAUGUUUUGGAUUUUGCA